AUGUCGACACAUACAGUCAAGCGCAGGAAACUUAGCCCUUCUCCAGAGAAUGCGACCGAAGGGACAUCGGCCCACAGCGCGCGCAAAGAUGAGUCCUCGACCAAGAGCAGUCUGGGGCGCCGAGGCAAGGAUGAACGCUCCGCGGAGCUUGCCAUGGCUAGCGGUUUCUACAAGUCCAAUUUCUUCAAGCUGCAGAUGGAUGAGUUGUUGACGGGCCUGAGACUGAACUACGACAAGCGAGUCGCCAAAUUCCAGGAGACGCUUUACAAGGUCAAGAAUGCUAUUGAGAGUCUGCCUGCCAAACCCCCGAUAUCUGUCAUGGAGGCCGAGAAAGAACUGCGAAGUGCGUGUGGAAUUGUGGUCCCAUGGCCCGAGCCUCGGCCAGGCAAGGAGACUAAAUAUACCAUGUCUUAUGCAAAGCCGGUAAACAUCAACGUGGUGGGAAGUUUUACUUUGAGGACCGGUGCCAGGACUGCGGACUCGCGCCCGGUUGACCUGGCUGUGACCAUGCCGAAAUCGCUCUUUCAAGAGAAGGAUUAUGUCAACCAUCGGUAUUUCCACAAGAGAGCAUACUAUGUUGCAUGCAUGGCCGCCGGGAUCCAGGAGCCCAUGAACGACUUGGGCCUGGAGGUCAAGUUUGGCCUUCAGGAUGGGGACAGCCUCCGUCAUCUCAUCUUGCUGGAACCGCGUCAUGCACCGAAUGAAGAUGCAACCCAAUCGCAGCCGCAGAUUCGAAUCAUGACCGCGAUUGACCCCACGCUGUUCCCCAUCACACGGACGCUACCGACCAAGAUCAACAUUCGUCAAGCUGACAGCCCAGAAGCCGGGGAGCCGACUCCAUUUUACAACGCCAGCCUCCGAUCGGAGGCCACGGUCUCCCUUUACCACAAAUAUCUACACUCCGCUACGCAGAAAUGCGAUUCUUUCCGUGACGCGUGCAUCCUCGGCCGCACAUGGUUGCAGCAGCGAGGUUUCCACACCGCACCUCAAAAUGGAGGCUUUGGAGGCUUUGAGUGGGCGGUUCUCAUGUCUCUUCUAUUCGAAGGAGGCGGGCCAACUGGUCAGCCAAUUCUCUUGCCAUCCUACAGCAGCUAUCAAAUCUUCAAGGCGACUAUGCAAUUCCUCGCGGGCAGGGACCUGACCAGCCCUCUGCUACUGUUCACUGCCGACCUCUCACUGCCUUCUGGAGGACCUGUUGUGUAUGAUGGCCGCAGAGGGCUGAACAUUCUUUACAAGAUGACUCCAUGGUCCUACGCGGCACUCCGCCACGAAGCCGUGAUCACCUUGAAGAUGCUCAAUGAGUCCCGAGAGGACAAUUUCGACAAAGUCUUUAUUGUUAAGGUGGAUGAACCGGCGUUGCGGUUCGACCGUCUCAUCUCCUUCCCCAGAUCAUACAAUGGCGAUACCCUCCGGGCCCUUCGCGAGCAGACUGCUUUGUAUACCGUGCUCUCAAGGGCCCUUGGGGACAGGGCUAAACUUAUCUCUUUCUCGAGUCGCUGUGUUGACUCAUGGUCAAUCCGGUCCAAGGCAUUGACGAAAAAGGCGAGCGAACACUUGUCUGUCGGGCUUCUUCUGGACGCCGACAACGCCGCAAGGGUGGUGGACCACGGACCGCCUGCUGAGGAAAAAGAAGAGGCGGCUUCGUUUCGAUCUUUCUGGGGUCCCAAGGCAGAGUUGCGGCGGUUCAAGGACGGCAGCAUUCGGGAAAGUCUGUUGUGGUCCGAUCAACCCUCAGAGGGAUCGAUUGUGUACCAAAUCCUGGCGUACAUACUACAUCGGCAUUUCAAUGUCUCCAGAAAUGACUUUGAUUUUAUCGGCGAUGAAUAUGACGAGCAGCUACGCCGGGAAGGUGAUGGCGUUGUGGCAUACUCCAGUCCUUCUUUUCAGCUGAUUCAUGAUGCAUUCGACGAUCUUGAGCGGUCUAUUCGCGACAUGGAAGAUGUCCCCUUGACGGUUCGGCAUUUGGCCCCAGCCAGUCCGCUCCUCCGGUACACUGCGCUUCGAGUCCAGAAUCCCACAGGCCCUAAUGACCCGGUUGAUGUGGUUCUGCAAUUCGAGAGCUCUGCACGGUGGCCCGAUGACAUGGCAGCGAUUCAAAUGACCAAGGUGGCGUUUCUUCUCAAGAUUGGCGAUUCGUUGGAAUCAGCCGGCGCCGCUUUAUCUUGUCGAGUCGGGCUGGAAAACGAAUCCAGCAAGAUGCUCAACAAUGCCUACCUGGACAUCCCUCAUCCCUCUGGCUUCAUCUUCCGUCUAAGGAUUCACCACGACCGUGAGCAGACCCUGCUCGAGCGCCGCCUCAAAGAUAAAACACUUGGAUCACGAGAACGGGAAGAGGUCGCCUACGCUCUCUUCUCGUACAAACAACUUUUUGAUCAGGCUCCUCGCCUUACACAAGCGCUACGGAGCCUUUGCACGCGUUUCCCCCUGCUAUCCCCUACUAUUCGUCUGGUGAAACACUGGUUUAAUUCCCAUCUUUUCUCUGCUCAGAUUAGCGAUGAGGUGAUUGAAUUGUUGGCCACCAGGGUAUUUACCCAACCAAAUCCAUGGGAUUGCCCCUCGAGCCUCAUGACCGGGUUCUUGAGGACUCUCCAUUUCCUCUCUCGCUGGGAUUGGCAACAGGAGCCGUUCAUCGUCGAUCUGGGCGGCGAGCUGACUCCCGAGGUGAUCGAAACCAUCCGCACUCGUUUUACAGCCUGGCGCAACAUUGAUCCUGCCAUGAACACCGUCGCUCUGUUCGUUGCCUCGGAUAUCGAUACCAAUGGCGUGACCUGGACCCAAUACGAGAUGCCCUCCAAGGUCGUGGCCGCUCGCAUGUCUACGCUGGCCAAGGCAGCCGUGAGCCUGCUACGGAAGAAGAGUUCUGACUUGGAUGUGCCUGAUCUAUUCCAAACCUCGCUCGCCCCAUACGACUUUGUUAUCCAUUUGCACUCAAAGAUGCCCGGCGAUCGUUCCUCUUCGGCGACUAAAUUCAAGAAUCUGACCGAGCCUGGUUGUGCCGGGCCGAUGGCGGCUGUGAAAUCAUUUGUUCGCGAAGUGCAGGCAUGCUACCGCCAGAGCAUUCUUCUUUUCCACGGAGAUGAGCGCUGCGGCGUCGUUGCUGGCCUCUGGAACCCUCAAACCCUCAAGCACCGCAAUUGGAAUCUGAAGACGGCGUAUUCGACUGCGCCAGCGUUGGCCGAGGACCGCGUCACGGUCAAUCAGCCUGCCAUUAUGAACGAGAUCACUCGAUUGGGCCAUGGUCUCAUCGACCAUGUUGACUUUCGUCAAGUCAAUGCAGAAGCAUAG